GAAAGAAUAUCACUCCUGUUCAAUAAUUUCUCCUCUUUCGCUCACUAACCAAGCUGCAGAUUCAACCAUGGCAACUGUACGGAUGAUAGACAUUGCAGUUAACUUCACAGAUAACAUGUUCAAGGGAAUCUACAAUGGCAAGCAGUGCCACGUGUCUGAUCUUGCAGCAGUGUUGAGCAGAGCUUGGAGUGCUGGUGUUGAUAGAAUUAUUGUGACUGGUGGGUCACUUGAGGAAUCAAAGGAAGCUCUUGCAAUUGCAGAAACAGAUGGAAGGCUUUUCUGUACAGUGGGGGUGCACCCAACCAGAUGCAAAGAAUUUGAAGACAGUGGGGAUCCAGACAAUCAUUUUCUGGAUCUUAUGUCAUUAGCUAAAGAGGGAGUGGCAAAGGGCAAGGUGGUGGCAAUUGGUGAAUGUGGAUUGGAUUACGACAGGCUUCACUUUUGCCCAUCUGAGGUUCAGAAGAAGUACUUUGAGAAGCAAUUUGAGUUAGCAUAUGCCAUGAAGCUGCCUAUGUUUCUGCAUAUGCGUGCUGCUGCUGAAGAUUUUUGUGAUAUUUUAGGGCGAAAUAUGGACAGGUUUGGUGGUGGGGUUGCACAUUCAUUCACUGGAAGUGCAGAAGAUUGUAAUAAACUUCUUUCAUUCAAUAAUCUGUUUAUAGGUGUAAAUGGUUGCUCUCUGAAGACUGCUGAAAAUCUUGAAGUUGUAAGGGGUAUUCCUGUUGAGAGACUGAUGAUUGAGACAGAUUCUCCAUAUUGUGAAAUAAAAAACACUCAUGCUGGGAUUAAUUUUGUGAAAUCUUUGUGGCCCUCUAAGAAGAAGGAGAAGUAUGAACAGGAGUGCAUUGUUAAGGGCCGCAAUGAGCCGUGUUUGGUUCGGCAAGUUCUUGAGGUUGUAGCUGGCUGUAAAGGUGUCAGUGACAUAGAACAACUAAGCAAGACUUUGUACAACAACACCUGCAGAGUUUUCUUUCCUCAAGAUUUGGACUCUGCGGCAGAUGCUCUUCUUGCUGGCAGUCAUGGCACUAAGUGAACAAAUCUUUUUGCAAUUUUGCUAAAUAUGGCUUCUUUCUUGCUGAAUGAUUUGAUCAGUUCCUCCAUUCUACCAGGAAAGCCAUAAGUUUCUGUCGUUUGGUAUUUGGAUAGAAGGGAAAUGCAUUGAAAAUUGAAUGUUUCUGAGAGAAAUGUGUAACGAUAUUGUAUUCUGUUUCUAAAUUAAAAAUGGUACACUGGCAGUUUUUUGAAAUCAAGUUCUCUUGGAGCUUCCAUUC